UGCCGAGGUAACCGGCUAAGACGCCAGUCCACAAAUCCUCUUAUAGCGCGAGCGUUAGCUUAGCCAGCCAAGGGAGAUUUACCUUAUUUUACGGUUUUAAAUUAUAAACACUAUCAGCAUAUAUAAACUCGGGGUAUGGCGGGUGUGUUAGACGCGCUGUGGGAGGACCGAGAUGUUCGCUUUGACAUCACAGCGCAACAGAUGAAAACCAGACCAGGUGAAGUGCUCAUUGAUUGUCUAGAUUCUAUCGAAGACACAAAGGGAAAUAAUGGUGACAGAGGAAGACUCCUGGUGACCAAUUUAAGAAUUAUUUGGCAUUCUAUCGCCCUGCCAAGAGUUAACCUGUCUGUUGGAUACAAUUCAGUCAUAAACAUCACCACAAGGACAGCAAAUUCUAAACUAAGAGGCCAGACUGAAGCUCUCUACAUUUUGACUAAGUCUAACAACACAAGAUUUGAGUUUAUAUUCACCAAUGUCGUUCCUGGCAGUCCAAGGCUCUUCACAUCCGUCAUUGCUGUUCACAGAGCUUAUGAGACCUCCAAAAUGUAUCGUGAUCUCAAAUUAAGAGGGGCUCUGAUUCAGAAUAAGCAGCUGAGGCUCCUGCCACGGGAACAAGUAUACGACAAAAUAAAUGGUGUUUGGAAUUUAUCCAGUGAUCAGGGUAACCUUGGAACUUUCUUCAUUACUAAUGUGAGGAUAGUGUGGCAUGCCAACAUGAAUGAGAGCUUCAAUGUCAGCAUUCCCUACUUGCAGAUUCGUUCCAUAAGGAUAAGAGAUUCAAAGUUUGGACUCGCACUUGUGAUUGAGAGUUCUCAACAGACAGGUGGAUAUGUGCUUGGUUUCAAGAUUGAUCCAAUGGACAAGCUGCAGGAUGCAGUGAAGGAAAUAAACUCCCUUCACAAAGUCUAUUCUGCAAACCCCAUAUUUGGUGUGGAGUAUGAGAUGGAGGAAAAGCCACAGCCACUGGAGGAGUUAACAGUGGAACAGCCUCCUGAUGACGUGGAAAUCGAGCCGGAUGAACAAACUGACGCUUUCACAGCUUACUUUGCUGAUAGCAACAAGCAACAAGACCGGGAACCUGUGUUCUCAGAAGAGCUUGGUUUAGCGGUGGAGAAGUUAAAAGAUGGAUUUACACUGCAAGGACUUUGGGAAGUUAUGGGCUAAAAAUACUGAGGAACAAAUGAUCCUACUCAACAUUAUCUUUUUUUUUUUUCUUUUUUUUUUAUGAAGCUUUGGGGUACAACUGUUUACAGCCAAACUCAAUGCUUGGAAAUGCAUUUCAACAUGUAUUUAUUUAUUUUUGUAGAUUUACUAUGUAUGAUUAAAUUCUGCUUCAUAUGCAGGGUAAUAUUUAUAUGGACAGUAUCAUUGUCUAUUAUAUACAUUGUAAUAAUAUGAAAUUUAGAUGGUCUCUUUCUUGUAAACUGGAUUAACGAGAGAUAAUUAAAUUUAGGAAUGUUUUUUGCCUGUUUAAGGCCAACAUUAAUGCUACUAUAGUAAAAUGUUUUGCUAUUUUUUGCUAUUAGACUGAAAUACACGAUUUCAAAAGGAUUUUUUUUUCAGUGUAAAUAUUGAUUAAAGUUUGUGAAAUAAGCCAA